GUAGGAUGCAGGCCUAAUUAAGUAGUUGCGUCUGCGCAGGGUUCCAAGCGAAGAGCCGUUGCGACUGAUAAUCCAGUCAGUAGGCAACUGCGAGGGUUUGCUCCUGACGGCACAUAGACCGAAGCGAAGCGGUUCAAUGCUGGCUUUGACUCCGACCAUGGCAAAAAUCAUCUUGAGGCACCUCAUAGAGACUCCGGUGCGCUACGAGGAGGAGUUUGAAGCUCGAGGUUUGGAAGACUGCAGGCUGGAUCACGCUUUAUACGCGCUGCCGGGGCCAACCACGGUGGACGUGAGCAAAGCCAGGGCGGCCCAGGCUCCUCGGGUGGACUCAGUGGUGGAGAUGCCGACCCAAGAAGGCAAGUCCCGCUUCCAGAUCCUGCUGGACGUGGUCCAGUUCCUCCCCGAGGAUAUCAUCAUUCAGACCUUCGAAGGCUGGCUGCUGAUCAAGGCUCAGCACGGAACCAGAAUGGAUGAGCAUGGUUUUAUCUCAAGAAGCUUCACCCGUCAGUAUAAGCUGCCAGAUGGCAUUGAGACCAAAGAUUUGUCUGCCAUCCUCUGUCACGAUGGAAUUCUGGUGGUGGAAGUAAAGGAUCCAGUUGGGACUAAUUGACAUCAAUUCCUGUUCUCACGGCUCCAGGAAGAUUAGAGUUCAGCCAAUGGUACCACAGGGAAUGUUUGUAUUAACCACAUUUGAAAUGGUUUUUGUGAAGAUUAAAAGUAGAGACAUAGUUCCUGGUAUGUUGUGGUUGUUUUUGUUGUUCUCCCUCAGAGAGGAAAAUUGUUAAAUGUUAGUACCUUUCAAAGCAAUGCUAUUCUUAUACCCGAAACAGUGACAGUUUAGGAGGUGGGUUUCAGACUAGUGAAGACUCGGGAUUAUUUCCUUGUUACUCCAACAAUGCCACAGAAUCUGCUUCUGUAAUAAUUGAUGGCAAAAGAACCAUACUGAUAUCUUAUCCAUUUUAUGAAGACUCUUUAUAUUGCUAAAAAAAAAGCUGUGAUUCCCUUCACUUGGACAAGCUCUUCUUUUCCGUGAAUUUUAAUUGAAGUGGAACUUUGUAAAUAUAGAGUGUGAAGGUUAAAAUACAGUACUUCGAAAUUGGAUCUGAAAUAUAUUUAUGAUUCACUACAGCUGUCACUGCCUUAAACAUAAUAUUGGAAUGUUCAAAUAUGAAUUUUAUUUUUAAAAAGCUCUAAAUAUGUACCCC